AUGUCCUCUGCUCAAGAUUCCGCCACCAAGAUCUCUAUCGAUAGAUUCGAUGGAGACAACUACGCGACGUGGAGCCGCUACAUGCGUGGCGUGUUCCUGACCAAGUCGACGUGGCACGUGGUCAACCGGGAGACCACCCCCACCUUCGCCGAUCCUCGCGCCAGUGAUGAGUACGUCAAGACGAACAACAUUGCGUUCGGCUUGAUGUUACUUCACAUGAGCGCGGACUAUCAUCACGUGGUUGAUGACUGCGACGAGGCAUGGGUUGCGUGGACACGGUUGAAGACUCUCUACGGCGGAUCGCAGAAGGCGGGACGGAUCUUCUUGAAGCGGCAGCUGUUCAGCAUGGAGAUGGCGGAAGGCGGCAAUGUGAUGCAUCAUUGCAAUGAAGUUCUCAACAUCAGCGCCAAGCUCAGCAGCAUCGGCGCCAAGAUGGAGGAUGAGGACGUGGCGAUCUGCUUGUUGUGCAGCCUCCCCAAGAGCUACGAGAACGUCGUGCUGAACUUGGAGAUGAGCAGCGCGGAACUGCGGACGCAAGACGUCGUGAAAGUGCUGACGAAUGAGCACAUCAAGAGACAAGGUGACAAGACGACAUCGGUGAAAACUGAAGAAGCAACCAAGGCCUUCAGUACCGAGCGUGAGGUUCGUCAGUGUACGUUCUGUGGAAAAUUGGGGCACACAGUGGAGAAGUGCUGGACCAAGCAGAAGGAAGACAAUCGGGGAGCUCGACGCGGCGGCAAUACCCGUGGACGCGGAGCGAAUCAAGUUCAGUGGCAAGGCUACAACGGCAACAGCAACUGUGACUAUGAUCGAGUGGCGUUUGCUGUUUCGCUGGAAUGCGAACUUUCAACGACCAAGAGCAUGUCUGGAAUGUGGGCGAUUGAUAGCGGUGCAACACAUCACAUCUGCUAUGACAAGUCCAAGUUCGAAUUUCUGGACGAGCGCAAUGAAGGUGAAGUGUUGGUUGCAGAUGGGAACAAGGCUGCGAUCAACGGUGUCGGGACAAUCAUCGAAAAGGUGACCCUGUCCAACGGUGAAGAGCGCGAAGUCGAGAUCAAGAACGCGCUUUACGUCCCAAGCAUGAACAAAAACUUGCUUUCGAUACCACAAAUCAACAGAAGCGGCAAGUUUCAAGUGGUGUUUGAUGGUGACAAGAUGAAGAUUUGCACAAAGGCUCCAAGCAAGUAA